AAAAAAGCUCCUCCACUGUUGUUUUCUGCAAAGACCAUUCUUAAGAGCUCGUUGGACAGCUCGGGACUCUUGAAGUGAUAGCUAAUUGGUGAAAGAAAGGCCCUGAUUGUCUUGAGGGAGCUGGAAAGUGCUGCGUGUGCUGUUGAAAGGGACUACGGAGAAGGUGCCUGGUUUCGCUGAGCAGCUGCUGCUGGAGAUGUUUGGAGAUUACAUCAGCAUUGGAAAAAAGGGGCAAAAAAAAAAAUCCAACUUCACAGAGACGGAGUUUAUGGAGGGUUUUUUCCCUCUUCCAAAGGUCUUCUGACAAUACUGUCAUUGUCAAUAUAAAAGUUGUUAAUUCUUUAUGAAUAGCACAUGGGGCCUCUUGACUAAAUAAUACGUUACAUGUCCCAAAUCUGUCAGCUGGACUCUUCUCUCACAUGCUAGUGAGAUCACUUUGAUUGGAAUGUUAGAGGAAUUGCUGGGCUGGCCAUUCAGAACUGAAUGCUGCAUGAUAUAAUUAGAUCUCCUAAAGUAUUUUUUUCACAUUACCUCAUUAUUCUAGCUUAAAUAUGGAAUCAGUCCUUUUGAUGUUUUUGCUGGUAGUAAUUAUAUUAAUACGAUUCAUUCUGUGGUCCUGUCUUAGUGCUUAUAUAGAUUCUAAAUUGUCCCGAAGGUUUCCUGACAUAAGAAAAGAAGACUGAGGGACUUCAAAAGCCUCGUUCAGAUUUGAAUGGACAAUGGGGAGAGCUGGAUAAGGUAAAUGCAGCUAGAGCAGCUUUUACCUUGGGAUCUGAUGAGAGAGAAAUGACCUGUKGAGACUGCAGCCAAGUGAAGAUUCUGCAGAGAGCAUUGUGCUGACAGAGGGGAAGGAAUGACAACUGAUUGAGUCAAAUGACUUCCUAUCCAACUUGGGCAUGAAUUUGCCUCUGGGAACAGACUUGUGGACUUCUGCCAGUUUUAUGAUAUGGACCAGCUGGAAGGAGCCCUUWUGCUGGGCAGUCCAAGAGCCCUCAUUGUCCACGUGUCAUGCCRUGGGCUGGCAGCAGUGGGUUCUUACCUGGAUGGCUGAUUUGUUACCAAAUUCCUCAUGGUUCCUUCCAGUCAGUCACAUCUGAAACUGACUGAAUGGUUUUAGCUGGCCACAACCUGCCAAAUAUUCACACUUCUUAGCAAGUGAUAUAUCUGUAUGCACACGGUGGAUACCACUGGAAUAACCUAUUCCACGAAAAACAGAUUUGUGUCUCAGAGAUUGUCUGAUGGACUCUGGAUGUGCUUCAGCACCAACAAGGGAUGGGGUGACAACAUGAGUGAGUUUUGACAUCAAAACCCUGCAAUGGGCCUUCAUGUCUGGCCUUAAACACCCUACUGGGGCACUGGAGGAUUUGACUACUUGCCCAAGGACAAAAUGACUUGGGAUUUCUUACCUGGGCAAAGGAAAUAAAUUUUUCAAAGUGAACUGUCCAUUUUUGAAUAGAUGUUACAUUAAGUCAAACAUCCUCAAUGUUACUGCAACUCAGUGUAACACUAGCUUUUAUGAACUGAMUUUUUCUGCAGUAAAGAUAGAAAAACUGUGUUACCUUGCCUGAGAAAUGCACUAUCCUUGGCCCAGUCACUCUUUUUAAAUAAAGAAAAAAGUCCUUUUCUUUUUGGUUUGAUAAUUUUCUAUCUCAUGUAAAGGUGAAGGUUACCACUUCAUACACAUUUUUUCAUAUCUCUUGAUAGGUGACAUGAUUAUAUUGGAGUUUGCUAUGUAAAAUCCUGCAGUAUUCCCAUACAGAGUUUCUGACCCAUUCAUGACUCACACACUCCUUCAAGCUUUUCAUUAGUAACUGCUCAUCAGGCUUUAUCAUUUUGUCUUUUAAAGCCUCCUAAAACUCAGACAUGAGAGCUGGUAUAUACUUAGGCAGUGGAAUGGGGAAAAAUGYCAGGUCAAUUGAUUUCAGCCUCUGAUUUUAUUUAUGGGGGAUGACCAAUCUAUAAAACAGCCUGUAAUGCUUGAAGGUGCAUGUCAUGGAUUUGAAAUCCUGYCAGAUGACAAUAAAUUAUGAGUAGAUGUAACUAACUCCUUGUCUGUUUCUGUG